AUGCCUGGAUGGAGGUCUCAGUGGCGUCUCAUCCUGCUGAACUCGCUGACCUGUGGCCUGGAGAUCUGCGUGGCGGCUGGGAUCACGUACGUGCCCCCGCUGCUGCUGGAGGCUGGCGUGGAGGAGCGCUACAUGACCAUGGUGCUGGGUAUCGGCCCGGUUCUUGGCCUACUGUUCAUCCCUUUGAUUGGAUCGGCCAGUGACCACUGCAACAGCAGCUACGGCAGAAGGCGCCCGUUCAUCUGGCUGCUGUCGUUGGGGGUUCUGGUGGCGCUUUUCAUCAUUCCCCACGCCGACGUGCUGGCAGCUCAACUGGCCUGGGGUGGGCGCACCCUCCAGGUCUGUCAGGUGGGCUUCCUUAUCCUGGGCGUGGGGCUCCUGGACUUCUGUGGCCAGGUGUGCUUCACGCCGCUGGAGGCGCUGCUGUCGGACCUGUACCGGGACGAGGAGGACUGCGGCCAGGCCUUCGCCAUGUUCAGCUUCAUGGUCAGCCUGGGCGGCUGCGUGGGCUACCUGCUGCCCGCGCUGGACUGGAGCCGCGGCCUGCUGUCGCUUUACCUCGGAGGGCAGGCCGAGUGCCUCUUCUCCCUCCUCAUCCUCAUCUUCGUGUCCAGCGUGCUCAUCACCAUGAAGGUGUCUGAGGAGCCCCCGUGUGCCGGCGGCGGUGGCGGCGGGGGGCUGGCGGGGCCAGGGUCUCUGCUGGAGCCGGGCCCCGGCGGCGCCGUGGCGGCGGAGGCCGGCGGGCGCGGCGGCGCCGGCGUGCGGCGCUCCUGCUGCUACGGGCUGAAGUGCAAACUCAGGCUGCUGAGGGCCGGCCCCCUGCUCUGUCUGCUCAGGACCUGCGGGGCCAUGACGCCCGCCAUCUUCAGGAGCUACUGCCGCGUGCCGCGGGUCAUGAGGCAGCUGUGCGUGGCCCAGCUCUGCAGCUGGAUGGCCGUCAUGUCCUUCAUGCUUUUCUACACAGACUUUGUGGGGGAGGGCCUGUACGAGGGCGUGCCCAGCGCCUCGCCAGGAACCGUCUCCAGGCAGAGAUACGACGAAGGGAUCCGGAUGGGCAGCCUGGGCCUGUUCCUCCAGUGUGCUACCUCCACCUUCUUCUCGCUGGUCAUGAGUCGUCUGGUCCGCCACUUCGGCUCUCGGUGGGUCUACCUGAGCAGCAUGGUGAGCUUCACCGCCUCGGCUUUGGUCAUCUGCCUGUCCAAAAGCGUGGCCCUGGUCACCGCCAUGGCGGCCCUGACCGGCUACGCCUACGCCGCCCUGCAGACUCUGCCGUACACGCUCACCUGCCACUACCACAAAGAGAAAGAGGUACUGCUGCCGCUCGCCACUGGCCGCUGCCGCUCUGACCCCGUCUACAUGCCAAAAAGGAAAACCAAAAGCAUCCAUACAAAUGGAGUGACGCGGGAUUCUGUGUAUUUGACUCCGGUGCUGGACGGGGAGGCGGAGGACGGCCUGGGCCCCAAAGCAGGCGCUCCUUACCGCCAUCCCUUCUUCAACCAGGACGGCUACGAGUACUUCCCCGUCCCCCAGGGCCAGAACGGGCCCCCGCCCUGCCCCCCCGGCGCCGAGCCGGACGGCGCCGAGCCGGGCUACGAGAAGCGCGGCGUGGGCCUGGACUUCGCCAUCCUGGACAGCACUUUCCUCCUCUCUCAGGUGUUCCCCACCCUCUUCAUGGGAAUGAUCGUCCAGUUUGCACAGUCGGUCACGGCCUACAUCGCCUGCUCCGCCAUCUUCGGCGCCGUGGCCAUCUACCUGGCCAGUCACAUCGUCUUCGAGCAGAAGGACCUCAGAGGCUGAGACUGAAGGCUCUGUGGGGGGAGCUCCGCUCUGUGUUUCUGGGGAACCAGCCGAGAGGAGCAGGUGUGCCGCGGCGUGCUGGAAUCAGCGGGAUUUUCCAGCCUGGUGACGUCAUUUCUGUCCUUUUGUUUCUCAGGUAUCGCCCCUCUGAUUUACUGUAGAACUCAUCAACGUUGAUUACUGAGCUGCCCACCAUUUUUUAAAACUUUCCCCAGAUUUGAAAGGGUUUGUUUCUUUUAUACACUUUAAAUCAGCGUUGUUGUCCAGAGAAGCCUCAGUGGGAGGGUGAGCGGACAUCUUUUAUUAGAGCAAAUUCAACCAUAUCAACAGAGGCUCAAAGGGAGCAAAUGUCUCCUUACGUAGUCACUUCAGGAGAUGUGGGCUGAAACUGCUUUAGCCCUGGUUUGCACGCAGUCUAACUGUAUCGUAUUUCAUUAAACCUGCCCGUGCGGCGGAGUGUCACCAUCUGUCAGCCUCUGCCACAACGCAGGCUGGGUUUGACAUUUCCAGCUCCAAAUGACCUGAGUGACAUCUCCAUGGCGUUGUCCGGCUAACCGGAGCAGGACCUCACAGAGCGGCUUGACCCGGGUACAGUUUGGUGUCCACUGAACAGAUUUCCUCCAACGGUUCUCCACCCUCCGAAUGUGGGAGUUUUGUUACGGUGAAUCCACAAACUGGAGGGUUGUGGACACAAGCUGUUUAAUUAAAGCUGAGCUCUCAAUGAAAUGCUCAGUGUUUGGACAGCCUGCUCUAGCCGCCCGCUGAGGCCUCCGCCCUGGACUUUAGUCUCAGGUUAGCGCUCUUUUCGGUUCGGUGCCACUGAGAAAUAACCCUCCGUGUUGCCUGAGCCCUGCUGCUUCACUGUAUGUUCAAAAUGACAAUCGAGGAGGUCCAGUGUUUUAAAGUUCAGUCAGGCAGCUGGAGCUGGGUCUCAUCUUUGAAGUGUGAGUCAGGUGAGGGCAGCUGAGAGCUGAAUCUUCUGGCUGUUGUUCCUAAAAGUGCUCUGGAAGGAGGAGACAGCUUCUGUCUGAGACCUGCUGAGUCAUGCUUUCUCCAGGCUAACCUCCUGAAGCCCUCUCUCAGAGCUGUGGGAUCAGAGGCCAAACGUCUUCUAGAAGACUUCACCUCCAGCUGCCUGACUGAGCUUUCCAGGCUUGAUUAAGCGUGAGGUUAAUGACCAGCGUUGUGGCUUGGGUGCAUCUCUGAGCGGAGCUUUCCAAAGCGGCCGGAGGGCCUGAAAGCGGCCAUUGUGUCGCUCACAGGAGGCCAGUUCAACACAAUUAUCUGCAUCCUGCUCGUCUGCCUCCACAUGCCGGCAGACUCGUCCCCCGAGUGGAGGGCAGAGCUUUGUCAUGUUGACAUUUCUGCAGAUUGCAGCUGUCCAGUCCCCGUUUCGACCCCCCCACCACCCCAAAAUUAAAUGGGGGGAUACUGUCUGGCAGAAGCUGCCAGAAGAUAAAGUGCCUGUAGGAUUUUAAACAGCUUUUUGUACAUAUGUAUUUAUUUAUAAAGCUUUCUGGUCAGAAUAGUGUGAAAGUGACCGUUUGGCAUCUUUAAAGGUGCAGAGGCUGUUUCUGUGAAAAAGAGAACUUAUUUGUAAAGGCAUAAAACAUCCUCAAAGCUCUAAUUUAUUUCCACUCUUCGGUCUU